ACGUUGGACCUAGCUUCCAUUUAGUUGCUGUUUAUAUUCCUGAAAAAAAUGAUGUCGCCCGUUUCUACUUUGACUCCACCAGACAGCAGGAGGAACAAGAGUUCCUCGAUCUCGAUCUUUUUCUUCAUCCGCGUGUGUGUUUGUCUCUCCUCCUGCUUCUCGACAAUCUUGUGUCAUGCGACGCGGAGUCGAAGUGCGGCGCUCAAGGAACUGAACAUGCCAGCGUGGAACAAGUUUGCCCAAGAGAGCGAUCCUGGGCUCCAAGCAAGAAUUUUUUCGGAUGCGGGCCUCGGACGUGGCGGAUUCUUGCAGAGCAACGCGCUGCGGAAAGCGAAGGAAUAGAUACUUCGCUGCCAACCAUGCGGAGAGAUUCCCAGCCAUGGAAACGGGCAUCGCUGCGGCGUUGGGCCGACUGUCAGACACGAGCCCGGUGGCUUCUUUCAGAGAUGGGACGCUGUUUUCUGAGCCGGGCCAGGUUGAUAGUGCCAAAGAAUUCGCGGGCUUCGUUUGGGAUACGCUUGUACGUCAGAACGGACGCUUUCGGAGGCUCUUGCUCGACCUGGGUCCGCGCCACACGCAGGCUCCACAAACCGGAAAUGAAGAGUCCGUACUCGCAGAUUUCGAAGAGCUCACUGCGGACAAACUAGACUCAAAUAGCAUGCUUCUGGGGGUGGAGUUGGAGAAACGUCUCGUGGGUCGGCCUGGCGAAAGACUUCCGCUGCCGUUCGAUUUUUUUUCUGCCAAGGGCACGGACCGUUUCGUUGCUGACCGACUUGUUUCUUACCCGCCCACCUGUAUGCACGGGAUUUCGUUGUAACUUGUUGGUUUUCACCUCGAGUGGUUGCAAGAGUUCGAGCAGAUGAGUGGCUACAUUGUCUCUCCAGUUUCCUGUGUCAUGAUAUUUUGUAUUGCUAUUAUUUCGCGAGACCGGCGAGGACGCUUGUGCAGCUUCUGGCGCUGUGUAUUGAGUACAAGAAAGAAACCCGGUCGACCAAAUCCAUGGCGGGCUCUCUGAACCUUCAGAGCCAGAGGAUGUCCUCUCUGCAGCGUGUUCAGAAGGUUUUUGAUCCAAAAAACCUUUUGAAGGUUUGGCAGGUGGUGCUCACUUUUUGACCUUCUUAAAGUUUUGAACCUUCUGAAGGUCGGACUUUCAAAACCUUCUGAAGAUUGAAAAUCAAAAAUGACACUUUUGAUCAAAAAAGAAGGUCCUCUGAAGAUUGCGAUUUCUGAUCAAACCUUCUGAAGGUUGCUUCCGAUCAAACCUUCUGAAGGUCUUCUGAAGGUUGCGACUGCCAAAUAUUGCUACUUUUGUAGCAGAGGCAGUGCCUCCAUCAAAUAUUGCAUUUUUGAAGGCCUUUACAACAGGUCAAGAAACCUUCUAAAGGUCUUCUGAAGGUUGCGCCAAGCCACGACGUACCAGCAUGGCCAAAAGAGGCCACCUUUUGGCUGCUUCUGGCCAAUUCCGGACAAACGAAAAAUAGCCACUUCUGUGACGAAAAAGCCGCUUUCUUGAAUUCUAGGUCUAAAAUAAAGCCAGAAGCUGUUCGUUUUUGGACAGCAAAAGCCGGACUUUUGGCUUUUGUUUUUAGCCGGUCUGUUGGCUUUUUGUUUUUCUGUUUUUAGCUCCUCCGAGAGCAGCCAAAGGCAACAACCUCACUAGGGAGAAAUAAAAGCCGAGCUUGGAGAUUCUACCUUUAGGUCAAGUGGACAGCUUGACUCUGAUCUUCACGUCUCACUUAAGACCUCCUCUGAAGAGUAUUCGCAUUUACCCCCACGCGGCGCGCGCCGCGUGGAUUGGUUCAAGCAAACCCUGUCGACCAAGUCCUAAGUACAAGAAACAAACCCUGUCGACCAAGUCCAUGGCGGGCUCUCGCCACCUUUUCUUUCCGUUGUUUAAGUUAGUACUUAAGUGCGGCAUUUGCUAGAUGUGGUGAUGAAGCCACGCAAAGCCUUUUUUUUUUGGAAUGCGACCAUCAGCUGCAGCACCACUUCGCAAGAAAAUCAACAAAGACUUCCUCUGCAUAGAAUGGAACAUUCUCAAGCUCACGAUGAGCAGUGUGCAGACAGUACCGUGGCUCCGCAGUAGUGUCCCUAGACUGCCGAGAGUUUCGCUUAAGUUUCUGUUGCUGCACAAUUCCGAGGAUCGGAGUCUGUGUGUGCUUAGCACGGAAAUCACUGUCCUCCAUCGUUUCCCUGACUAUGAGAUUGCACAACUCCCGCCCCCACUCAUUUGUAUUGCAUGGACCGCAAGACAAGCUGCUUGUCUUGCUGUUCAUGCAGCGGAGUUGGUAUUGCUAUUGCUUAGCAAUAGCAAUACCAACUCCGCUGCAGCUGCAGCAGCUUGAUUUGCAUAUCAGAUUAUACACAUAUAGAGUGUCUCAUCCAUAUGUCGUGGGGCCGCGAUCAUGUGCUCUUUUUAGUUUCCUUCGGGCUCCCGAAACUUGUCAUGCGAACGUUGUCAAAUGACAAACGGAAACGGCACUAUUUUUUGCGCUUGGCAUGACAAAUGAGGUGACGAGGGGAGAGUUGUGCACCCUCAUAUGGGGCAGGGCAACUACACUUCGUGGAGGCACUACACAGGUCGAUUGAAUUUGGCAGCAAAAGUCGAUAUCAUGGGAAAAAAUCCCCACUCGCCAGGUUGAAAAUCCACAAAAAACGAGAUUUGUGAUGCUUAUUCGUGUAAGUGUAUGCAAAGUCUCUUGCAUAUUGGGCAAGCAAGAGCGACACGAAGCAGUGGCGGUGCACAACCAAUCUGUAUAUGCGUCUUAACCUAGUACAGCACUAGCACUAGAACUAGAAGCGUCUAUCAUGCUGAAGGGCAAGGGCUGCUGGCGUUCUAGAAGCCUGAGCAGCCCUAGAAAAUAAAACGCGCCUUCAGUGGUCCCUUGAUGGAAGAGAGAGCUGAGGACUUGAACUUGUGUACUUAAAUAAACAUACAAACGGUCGCACGUCACAAAUCCUCUUUUGAGUAUGGGGAGGGGGAAUUUUGUCUUGCAAUAGUCGAUGUGACAGACUCCUAUGCGGGCGAGGUUUUCCAGCGCGGGAGGAUCGAAUUUGAGGACAAAAGUUUUUCCUUCUUGAGCUCACCCGACAUAAGCUUCACUCCGCCAAGCUUCACUCCGCCAAGCUUCACUCCGCCAAUCCGGGACAUAAGCUUCACUCCGCCAACGAGACCGAGCGUACUAGAUCCGCGGAGACGAUAUGAUUAUUGAAAUCUGCCCGGCGUUCAGCCUUAGACAGUCCUUAUAUCGAGGACUGCCGUUCGCGUUUUUUUUCUGCCCUUGAAUCUCAUUAGGUGCCGGAUUGAGAUUUGCUCACUUUCAAAAGACGCUGCGGGGACGAGAUAACGGAGACGCUAAGGCGGAGACGGGACAACGCAGAAUUUAGCGAGUGAGCGAAAUCGAAAAAAUUCUAAGUCACACUAACUGCUUUGCAAGGCACUUCGUCUUCUUUCUGUAUGAUUCAUGACAAAUUUUAUAAAUAUUCCAAGAUUUUUUUCCAAAAGUAGUUGAAAGUAGUACUCCUAUGUGCACGAGAUGCAAUUCCAGGAACCACUGCAAAAUUAUUGGCUGCACGGCUACAUAUUCAUAUUGAAACUUAUGAUCUUGUUUGAUUACGGAGCCCGCAGGAUCAGGAUCAAUGCGAAUGCUAAUGUUCAAUGCUUACGAAGAUAUAGUGGUGGCUACAAUGGUAAUGGUUACGGAGGGUGCGAGACAGGAUACAACACCCCAGCAUUCACGACCAUGUCGGG